UCAACACUCGUCCGUGGAAGUAGCGGGGGCUUGAUUUACCGCAGGCUGCCGCUGCUCGCAGCGCAGUUUCUCCGGAGGCGGAGGCGGAGGCGGCGGCGGAGGAGGAGAGAGAGCGCUGCCGGAGCUAGUUACGGGUCGCCCAGCGCAGAGCAGAAACGGGUCGCUUCAGAACGCGCAGGACAGAGGGCCCCUUCCCGGGGAUGGCCGGAGGGAGGGUGCCUCUGCACGACAGCAGCCGAGGGUGAAGCACGAGAGCCUCUAACAACGCUGGAUGCUGCGCUGCGCUGCCUUGCAUCAGAGAUGGCUGCUGUGGGCUUGUUCCUUGCCUGGAGCCUGCUCCUACCAGCGCUGCACCUGGCUUUCCACCUUCCCAGCCAGGACAGCCCUGCCUGGGAUCGUCCCUCCGCUCCCACCCCAGAGCUGCCUCGAUCGAACGACCCUUCUCAGGAGCCUCUCCUAAGCGCUCCCUCAGCAUCCUAUUCAGAGCCCAUCUCCAGUGGUGAUGGAGGACCAAGUGAUGAGAACUGGACAGGGGCCAGACCCACUCUCCAUCCUGGGACUUUGGCUCCCACCGUGCCCUUUGUCCUUCCUGCAACUACUGGGCAGGCAGGCUUGCCUACUGAUGCUUCUGGACAAAACUCAGCCCCACAUUCCUCCAUGGUGAGUGACUUCGGGCUGCCCACAGUAGGCCUCGCCAGGGUGCAGGCAGGGCCUGAGAACAUGAGCCUCGUCACUUUGGAGCCAAGGCCAGAGCAGGGAAAGCCACCGCUUUCUCUUCCUAGGCCGGCCACUGAGCCUACAAGAAUCGUUCCCAUCACGACAGCUUCUCUGCCUGCACCAGCCAGCACACAGCAGGCCUCAGACUUACCUGCCUCCCAGGAGGAAGCCACAUGGAAUCACCACCAAGCAGUACCCAAAGAUGUCCUCAUGGCGACCACACGAAGUCCCAAGCCCACAGUGUCCACCAUCCCCUUGGGGACACUGCCUGCUGAGAGGUCCCCCGUCCAGUGGAUGGCAACUGAGGGCCCGGCUGUUAGGGGCCAGAGUUCCACGGGGCAGCUGGUGAUCAGGGGACCUGAGCAGGAGCUGCUGGGCAGGAAUGCGACCACCGUCAAAUAUUUAGCCUCAUACAGGAGCACUCAGAUUUACGGUGGCCCUCAGGACCAAGAGGGACCCUCUCCCUCUCCUUUCAGACCCACCCAGGCUGCUGGACAUACCCAGACUCCACUUGGGCCAUGGAGGGGCGCUGUGCCUGUGGCUUCCACCUCCCAGCCCGCACAGGUCACCACCGCAGCGAGCCGGCCAAAUGGGAAAGGCCCACGGCUUAGUCCCAGCCCAGGUAGUUCCCAUCAACCACCCUCGGAGGAACUCCUCCCAAGCCAUUCCAGCCUUUCGCCAACAGGGGGCAGGACAGUUGCCCGUGAAAGAAGCACCCGCUGGAGCCUCGCGGUUGAGGCGACGCAGCAGCCGGCACCGCGGGAUGUGGCUGGGGCUGGAAGGACGCCCGUCCAAGGCAACGCUGCCACCCCAGGCUUCGGGGUAGCCAUUGAUGUUGCAGAACCCCAGCGUGUCCGUGGCGCCGUAGUCCCUAGGAUCCCUGCGACUUAUGUCGGCGCCUCUACUCCUGGACAGGGCACCUCUGUGGUGGGGAAUGGCCCCGGAACCAGGCAUCCAGAUGCAUCUGGGACCCGGCUCCCCAGGCAGAGCAGCACUGUGACCUACACCACAUCUGACCGCCUCCUGGCUACUCCGCGCCGGGGCCUGAUCCGGGUCACCACUCAGAGAGCCCUGAAAGCCCCGCAGCUCACCCGCCCGCAGCCCACCCCGCCUGCCGGGCCGCCUGCCUCCAGCCCCGCCUGCCCGCGCCUCGGCAGCGCCUGCAGCCAGCUGCGGCCCAACCAGACCAUGCUGCGCUGGGGGGACCUGGCACAGACACUGAGCUUUGCCUGGCCGCUGCACGUCUACGGCUCCAGCGUGCUCUUCCUGCUGCUUGGCCUGCUGAGCCUGGCCUGCGCGGGGGGCUCCCUCGCCCUGCGUGUGCCGCAUCUCCCGUACGUCAUGGUCGCCUCCGCCCUGCUGCUGCUCUUCGCCGUCCUGCGGGCCGCCUCCUUCCUGGCCGACCCCUACGGCUCCCGAGGCUGGCUGCCCACCUGGGCCGUGCGGGUGCUGCACACGGCCCCCUUCCCGCUCCUGCUGAACACGUUCGUGGUGCUCCUGCUCCGCCUUGUCCAGCAGGCCCGCCUGCAGGUCUUGCCCCCAAAGUGGCAGAGCCUCCCCAUCUGGGCCACCCUGGGGGCCGUGCACAGUGCCGCCCUCCUGAUGGCCGACCUGUUCUCCCCCCCACUGCACCCGGCCGUGCCAGUGGGUCUGCACGUGCUCUCCGGCACUGCUGGCAUCGGCCUCCUGCCCGCCGCCAUCUUUGUGUACUGGCAGCUGCGGCGGGGCCUGACGGGCGAAGGCACCCCAGAGCCCGGGGUGUGGAGUGGGGCCUGGGUGCUGAUGGCGAGCGGCGGGGUGGUGCUGCCCUGCUGCGGGCUGCAGUUCUAUGGGGUGCUGUGGCUCACAGGGCUCCUGGGCCAGCGGGACCUUUUCACGUGGGGCUGGUGGCUCACGCAGUUCUGGUCCCGGAUCGGGGAGCUGCUGCUCUCCUUCGCCCUGCUCUUCCUGGCAUGGCAGGCCCUUUGCCAGCGCUACGGGUCCGGGGAGCACUCCUGCUGGACCAAGCUCACACGCUACUUCUGCAGCUACCGCAAAGCCGAGGCACCAGAGUACCCCAACAACUGCUAUGACUGGACUGGCAGCGUCCUGGAGAAGGUGCCCAACAACGACAUCAGUAAGAACCUGAUCCGGAACCCUCCCGGCAGCGGGCGCGUCUGGGCCCUCAAGGACAGCAACGAAUUGCGGGCGGUCGCCAGCCAGGGCUCCAGCCCAUCCCCCGUGCACCCGGUCUACAGUCCCAAGUGCCCCAAUGCGGCCGCGGCCACCGUGGGACGCUCCUACACCAGCAUCUGCUUCGAGCGGGAUUCGGUUCUUUCCUUGGCAGAGCUGGAGUUCCGGCCUCCCUCGCCCAUCAACCUGAGCCGCAGCAUCGACGAGGCCCUCUUCCGCGAGCACUUGGUGCGUGACUCCAUUUUCCUGCGCUCCAGCCUCCAUUUUCCAUCCCGCCUGGCCCGCCAGGACUCCUGCUCCUCGCUGCGGGGCGACUGUUCCACCCUCUCCCACACAGCACAGCCCCUGCUGGCUCGACCGCGCCGCAGCAGCGACCCAGACUGCCUGUACAGCUUGGCGCGGGCCAGCUCCAUGGGGGAGCUCACCACGCAGAGCCGGGGCCUGGGCAGCGAGCCCCCAACGGACUCUUCCUUCGACAGCUUCUCCCGCACCUCCUUCUCCCGCGCCUCCCUCAAGAUCAGUUGGAACCCCUGGCGCCACGGCCUGUCGUCCCCCGAGAGCCUGCCGCCAGAGGAGCUGCCCAGCCAGGCCCAGCUGCUGCCCGACGGGGCCCCCCCAGCCCCAUCCAGCAGUGCCCCAAAUUCUGAGCGUGAGGCCCGGAAGAGUUUCCUGGCCCUCAGCAAGCAGGUGGAUUCCCGCAGCCUCUCGAGCGACACCAUCGAGUUGUGAGACCCAGCGUGCUGUCUGCACUGGCCCCCACAGCGUGCCGUCUGGCUGCUGGCUGAGGGGAUGGAGCGGGAGAGGAAAACUUCGAUGGAGCCGCUUUGUUGUUGCAAAGAGUGGGGAGGAAGAGUCCCGUUUCCCCUUAAAAGCCAUGCGGCUUCUUCUGCCCUAAGCAGGCCCAGGAGCGGCCCCUCACAUAAUAGCCCAAAUAAGGUGCUGGGCUUUUCCUGUGGUGGCUGCCACUGAAUCCCUUGUCCCAGCCCUCCACACCUGUCGGCCAUGCACUUAGCACUAGCCAGCCACCUAGUCCGCCAAGUUCUGCCGUGCCAGCAACUGGCAGGUGUCUGGACCCCACCUGGGGGAGUAGUAGGGGGCAGUGGGGUGGGACAGUUGCUAAGUCUCUGACCCCAAGAGGCUCAGCCUGCACUUUGCGACUGGUGGUGCCCUUGCUUGUUGCAGAGAGGUGCACAGAGUUGUGGCUGGGAAGGAGCUGGGCAAAGGUUGCCAAAGACCAUUGCGGCGGCGGCGGCAAACCCAGAAGGGAAAGCGGAAGACGGGUAGCUCAGUGAUGGAGAGCAUGGUAUGCAUGCAGAAUGUCCCAUGCUCCUUCAUUGGCAUCUCCUGCUGAAAGCAUCUCAAGUCCCAGGGCUGGGAAAGGCUUUCUUCCUCUGAGACCUUGUCGGGGGAGUGCCUGUCAGAAGCAGGUAAUACUUGUCUCAGUCCGUAUAAGGAGGCUGCUUCACAGGCGCCUGUGCGGCUGUGUCUCUCUGUGAUGCUGCAAAUCACAGUCAAGGUUUCCAGUUUAAAAUCCAUAGUCCAAAAUGGGAUGAUUCACAUGGAUGCUGGAAAAGUUAAUCUCUCAUUUGCAUUUUCUGAAACAGAAAAUAAAUGCUUGAGUGACAUGACUGGAGUGGAAAAGGUGACUCCAUGGAACUGGCUUCUUUUAUCAAAAACCUUGACGAACCCCCCUCCCACAUAUAGACACCUGGUUUAUGUUUCAGUGUGCUAGAAUAUGGCUCUUAAGAACUCCUAUCACCUUUCAUGACCCUUUGUCCAUGGCUUUGUCUCUAGGCUCAUCCCUUGUGUCCUUUUAAACUUGCAAGAAAUUGCUUGAAAUUCAAAACUUGUCCGGUGUUGCCAAGUUGGAGGAGAAACAAAGCAGAAGAUGAAGGAAGAAUGUGGUUUUGCCAGAGGAGGGCUUCCCAUAGCACAAAUUCUACUUGCCCCGGGGUCUUAUCUCUCGCUGCUGUGGUCAGGGCGGGGAAAUAGUGCUUGGGCAGAGCAGUGUCUGGACAGGGUACUGCCGAAGGUCACACAGUCUGUUUGUGCCAAAAAGAAAUAAACCCUUUGCUGGGGAUGUC